GAUCUCAUGUCGUGAUGCUUCCCACUUAAAGAACAUAGUGCAACAUAUAGUGCAUCAUGUUCUGAGGAGAGCUGCGUCCGCCCAGGUUGUAUCUCAGUCUGCUGAUGUCAGUUCAGAGUGUUCCCCUUUAGAAGUCAAAACAGCAUAUGAUUUGAUUUCAUGCUCUUUUAUCCUUUAACUAGUCUGAUAACAGGGACGGGAAAAAACAACGAUGUGUGUGUGUUCGGGCGUGUGUGUAUGUACAACUACUCUCCAUCAUCCCCUAGCAGAGGAUCCAUUAGCCUUGGACCCCCUCUGUGGUUGCCCGGUGAUAAAGUAAACAAAGUGUGUUUGGCCAAUCCGGCAUGCAAAUAUUUGUUCUGGAAGCUGCCUCAUCCGACGGGAGACACACACGCGUCUGCAGCGGUGUGCUGAGGUAUAUAUACACUGACAAUCCUGACGGUCCAGUAUUACAUAUGCACACACACACACAGAAAAGUGGAUCCAUCAAUGACCCAGGACGGACCUCUGAUUUAUGCACAGAUUCAUCUGAACCUGGCACUUAAGUGUCAAUGAGCCAACAUGGCAGCAGGCGUCAUCAGAACCUUCCUCGUCCAGGCCCCGACUCCAGCCUACUACCCCCUGAUUUUCCAGCACUCUCCAUGCAAGGAAGAUGAAGAUGUGGAGAUUCUGGAGGAAAAGCCAGAGGUCAGAGAAGAUGAGGAAGAAAGAGAGGUCGAGGAGGAGGAUGAAGAAUCUGAAGCACAGGAGGAAGAGGAGGAAUGUUUGGACGAGGUUUUCUUAAAUCCCACCUACCACACUUUGGAUGUGACCAAGCAGCUGCUGAGGUUUGCAGAUCUCAUCAGCCGUGACGUCCAGCGGUAUUUCGGUCACUGCUCUGGUGAUCAAGAAGCUUGUGACAUCUACAGCGACUCGGUCUCCGUCACCACCAGCGGGCGUCUGCGUUACUAUGAUGACCUGCUGAAAAUCGCAAGAGCAGGAAGUCCAGAGGAGCAAGAAAGCAGCUUGGCCACUUGUGCUGAUGAUCAAGGAGUCAGGGUUGCUAAUGGCAACAGCGGUUUGGGGCCCCUGGCUGAACUGUUCAACCACAGGGGCCAAAGUCAGGGCCGCAGCCGGCCGAUGAUCAAGCGGCAUCUCCCGCUCAGUUUCUGGACUGAGCCGAUCCCCUGCUGCUCUGUGGUCAGUUUCGGCAACGCACCUGACGUCACACACACAAACAGUGACACACCUUCACAGGACAGCACACACACAGACGCUAACACACACAUGCACUACAACGCACUUCCACAUCACAACACACACACCCUCGACAGCGCUCAGCCAGACUUCAGUGACCUGCUGGCGAACUGGGAUCCAAACCCGGAGCUCACGCACACACUGACGGAGAACACACACAUGCAGCAUUAAACACAGAAACACACAGACACACUGACGGAAACAGUCACACUCACAGCUUUAUUUAUCUUCUUUUCAACUUUAAUACUUUCAAAAAGUUUAAUAAAAACAGAAACAAAUCGAUGUGUGUUGUGCACAGUUUUCUUCACUGCAGCUUAUCAUAUAUGUGAUGUCUGUUUUAAAGGGUCAGUUCACCCAAAUUUCACCCGAGUUUCUGAUGGGGGAGACUUUUCACUCUCUGCCGUACUUCCCAAGAUAACUUUUGUUUG